GCGAAGAGACGUAAAGGUGGAAGAGCCGUUCGUGCGUAAACUUUUGAUUUCGACAGGCCGCGGACCUGCUUCCCAAUGAAGCCAAGAAAAUGCCGAAGAUUUCGAAGAGGAAACAGCAAAAACCAAGCCAUUUGAGUGACAAUGCUAAUCCACCUAACAACACAAGAGGAAGAAAACUGUCCAAAACAGCUGUAGCAGAUGACAACGGAAACUUCAUUGAGAAAGGCAAAAGGAGAAGACAAGUCCUAAAGAAACCAGAAACUUCAACUUCCAAAAGCAAGGCUUCCUCAAAGAAAAGAGACUCCAAGAAAAAUGGAAACACGGUGGAGGACUUGGGAAAUGGAGGGACCAAUGAGAAUGCUUCAGUGAAUGAUCCUGAUAAUAGAAAUGUAAGCAGUGAAAAGGAACAUAAAAAGCACCAGAAAUCCAAAAAUCACACUGAACCAAUGGACAAUGAAGUGACAACUGCAGUAGAAAUGAAAUCUGAAAAUUCUCCAGUACAGAAUGGUAAUGUUGCUAAAGAAGAAGAGAUGGAGGAGGACAUUUCAGAUGGGGCCAGCUACGAUGCAGGUAGUGAGGAGGAUGACAGCAUUACUGAGGGGGAAGACAUGAUCCUUAAUAAGUCAUCCAAUACUGAGGGGGAAGAUGAACUUAAGUUACCCAUUACUGAGGGGGAAGACAGCCUUAAGUCACCCAAUACUGAGGGGGAAGACAGCCUUAAUGAGCCACCCAAUUCCAGCAGAAUAAUGAUUGUAGAAAGUGAUGUAUAUGACGACCCUUUCCGAGAGGGAUCUCACUUUGAGGUUGAAAAUGGGAUGUUUAAAUGUGAAUUUUGUGGAGUAAUGAAGACAGAUGUAACGGAAUUAAAGACACAUUUAAGGGGACACACAGGGAUCUCUCCUUUAACAUGUUUGGUGUGCUGCAGAGCUUUCAAUGCUAAAAGGACACUGCUUUAUCACCAGUUUAUAGUGCAUGGAAUAGAACAUAAAAGUGUAGCUGCCAGAUACCCUGACAUACGCAAGAGAAAGUUUGAAGCCGGGGAGUUAGUAGACGAGUCAGUUAUUCAGGAGGUGGACAAGAAGCGGCGGCGGUUUGAGAACGGCAUGGACGUGUUGACCGAUCGUCUGGAUAACAGUCUGCCGUUCAUUGUUAAUGGGGUGGUGGUGGAGAACAGUAAAAAACGGAUCUGUGAGAUUUGUAAAAAGGUGUGCAUGAAACCCAGUGAUUUAAAGAGACACAUGAUGUCACACACAGGUGAAAGGCCAUUUAAAUGUGAGGUGUGUGGUAAGCCAUUUAGAGCUAAGAACAGCAUGAUGUACCACCUGAAGUCAGCCCAUGGCUAUAUGGUUGAGUUAAGUCCUGGACUAGAAGAGAGAUAUCUGAAGCUGAAAAAGCAGUCUAAGGUACCAACAUACAAAGGAAAAUCUAAUGGUGCUGGUCAAUACCAAAAUAAUCAGACCACAGCUUCACCACGGCAGUCCCCAGAAAGAACCCCAACCCCAGACUCAUCUGUUUUCCCCACAACUUCUACAAAUCACCCAGUGGCAUAUAUGCCACUUUACAAACCUCUACAAAUGCCUGGAAAUGGAGAGACUCCGAAUUUCUACAAUGAUGGUAAUAGAACCAUCAAAGACCAUGGGGAUCAGCUUGACAAAUCAGCAGGACAUAUCAAGCAGAAGGAUACAGAAUUUGAAUCUGUCAAUCCUAAAAUAUUUACUCCUGGACUAUCACUGAAUGUCCCUCACUUAGUAAAACCUGGAGGGAAUCCAGUAGGGAAAGAAAUUCAUCAAGUAUUCAGCUCAGGGUCAUGUGAUAUGAAGGUGGAUAGCGAGACCGUGCUGGUCACUCGACUCGAUGGAACUCUGUCCACCUCUGGCCAGAAAGUCUGUGCCUAUAAAUGUCAUCUCUGCGGAAAACUGUUCAAUUACCUCAGCAAAGUACAGUUCCAUCUCUCUUUCCAUUUUGAGAGGGAAAUUAAAACAUAUCAUUGUAAACACUGUUCUGCCUCGUUUCCAUUCCAGUAUCAGAUGCACAGACACCUGCAUAAAUGUCAUUCCGGAUUAAUCAGUAAAGAUUUAUCUACCUCAACCACGGCUCAUUCCUCCACAAACGGCACUGAUCUAUCUCCAGCAACUUCAUUAGCAGAACAUUUUAGUGUGUUGAGAUUCAAAAGAAACGAUAAUGCAUCAUAUGCUUGCAUGAUCUGCAAGAAAUCUUUCAGCAUGGAAUCCUCUCUUCUUAAACAUAUCAAAAUGCACAGUAGUGAUGAUUUUUGUUACUGUCGAGAUUGUGGAAAUGGGUUUUCUGAUUAUGAGUUUCUGAAGGAACAUUUUGAACGGGAGCAUGGAGGAGGUGGUGAAAGUCAUCAUGAGGUUAAAGCAGAGAAGUCUAGAAACACACUGCUAUCUCAUCUUCUGAAAAAGACGUCCAGAUGUGGAAAAGAUGAAAGUCAGGCUGAAGUAGUCAUUGAUAGAGAAGGUCAAGAUGUGGAAGAACAGAAAGCAAAAGAAAUGUUGGAGAAGGCGGGAAUCGGAGAUGAAGUGACAGUCGUAUUACCAUGUGAUCCAGAAGACGAGGAAAAGGUCAAAGAAAAGAAAUCUGAAUUGAAGGAUUGGCAAGUGGAAGAAGAGGAAAAAUCUGAUUUUGUUAGCACUCCUGAAAUACAAACAGCCCCUAAAAUGUCACUGUUGGCUAAAGUACCUGGUAAAUCAAAGAGAAAGGCAUCACAACCAGUCCGACUGAAUCAGUUAAAUGGAGUAAAGUUAGAAUCUGAUGCUGACCAGACAGAGGAUAUGGAAAAAGAUCCAGAAGAAGUAAAACUUCUAGAUAACAUAAAAGUUGAGGAAGACAAGGAAUCUGUAGACCAAAUAAAUCCCUCUUCACCGGAUUCCAAUUCUAGAUCAUCCUCUCCAGCAAAGUCACCAACAUCGUCUGAUGUCGAUUAUAAGCUGCCAACUGCUCUUCCUGCAUCUGGGUUUUGGCCUCCUCACUUGAUGCCUAAUGCUCAAUUUCCACAUUCCCUGCUGACAACAGGACAGAUGCUCCAGGCCAUUGCUGCAACAGGCCACAUAACCAACCCUACAUCACUAUCCCAGGCUUUGACCAAUCCUGCUGCUCAAGCAAUGUUAGCCUCAGGCCAGAUGCCCACCCUAGCUCAGGCCCUGGCCAGUAGUAGCCACAUUCCAGCCACUCUUGCUAAAACCAUGACCUCAGCCUCCUCCCAGUUCAUGCCUCCUGGUCUGGCAUCCACUGCCGCAUUCAUGCACCCAUCAUUUCCAUUUUCCCAAAUGUAUGCAUUCCAAGCUGCUGCCGCUGCUGCUGCUCUUCAACAAUCAAAACUGAACAACAAUGUGAAUACGGCAGGCAUCAAAACAGAAGUGAUUGAUGACCCCAAACUAGAAUCUUCUGAUUCAGCUGAGGCGAACUGCUCAUCUCCAGGUGCUCCUCUUGACCUGGCAACCACUUCCACCCUUGAUGCUAAAAAUAGCAACAGUCCCUCAACUUCUUCAGCAGGAAAUGUGAGUGAUGGUUCAAUCCGGUUUCCUGAUGACCUGUCCCCAAACACCUCUACUCAGGGAGAGCCAGCGGAGGAUUAUAGGGACGGACUGGUGGGGAUGCCAAAGGUCCAGUGGUCUCCUGGGGACCCCAACUCACCCUUCAGCUGGCACCACAUGACCACUGAUGGCAGGAAAGUCACCUCCCUCUCCAGAACUCACUCAAGACUUCCUAUUGUGAAUUCCCCUGUCAACCGAGACCAGAUAUGUAAACCAACAAUGCUGGAUGAUGGAAGACAGGUGUUUAGUUGUCCGUUCUGUAGCAAGAACUUCUCUUCAUACUCGGAUAUCAACAGGCACAUGGAUUUUCAUGAAGAUAUACGACCCUACAAGUGUAAAUACUGUGAAUAUUAUGCCAGGACAAACAGCCAGUUAAAAGUUCAUAUGAUGAGACAUCAAGGUAUCCGAGAGUUUUGCUGCAAAGUGUGUAACUACAAAGGUGUGACCCAGUCCGAUCUAAACCGCCACAUGAAAUCCCAGAUCCACAUGCUGAAGUCCAGAAACGAGUGCACUUAUUGUGGGGAGGGGUUUGUAACAGCCAAGAAUUUGGAGAAACAUUUGGACGGAAAUUGCAUCGUAAAAGUUCAACAGGAGAAGGGAGAAUACCUCUUCUGAUUAUUUAAGGUGGUUGUUUCAGGGUAGAUAAUUCAUUGAUGUAAAGUUUAUUUAUGUAUUUGCGGAUUGUAUGAUAUUUCUUUAUGUUAUUAACUUCCUGAAUUGGGUUGGACGAAGUAAUACUGUAAAAUAGAAGGGAGAGAAUUAUAAUGUUUAUUCACAAGAAAAUUCUGUUAUGUAAAUGAUAUUUGUUAGUGCAUUAAUGAGACUUACCUUGAGUUUAUUUUUUUGAAAUCCAAGUUUUCUUGCUCCCAGUCGUUAGCUGAUAUGUUCAUGUUCUUUUUUUGUGUAUCAGGAUUAUGCAUUAUUACCUCAUAUUGUCAAUGAUAUUUCCAUUUGUGUUGUAAUAUAUUUGAAUUAUAGAAUUUGCUACGGGCUGUUGAAUGCUGAUAAUUAUUUUUUUGAUUUAUACCUGUGUCAUCCAGAAUAUAAUUUACUCAGUUUUAGUUGUUAGAAAUGUUAACUACUGUAUAUUUUAUUAUGUGUUAUAAUGCUACAAGAAUUAUGUAUAUACCUUUUAAGUUUUUCAUAGUUUAUUUGUCCCAGAUAUUAGAAAAUCUCCCAAUAUGUACAAAUCAUGACACAUCUUGAAAUUGCCUGUAGGUUGUGCAACUUAUUUUUGUUUCAAUAUUUAACAUCUAAAAAGAAAGGAAACAUUCCAUUUUGUUUGUUUUUUUUUAUGCUAUUGUGAUAAUUUUUUCAAUCAAAUGAUUUUAUUAAUAUAGUUUAUCAAAGGACAGAAAGGUUUACUUAUAAUUUUUUUAUGUUCUUUUUUACUUGUAACAAGAUGUAGUUGUAGGAUUUUUUUAUACCCCGCGCAAACGAAGUUUGGGGGGGUAUAUAGGAAUCACCUUGUCCGUCUGUCCGUCUGUCUGUGCAAACGUGUCCGGUCCAUAUCUUUCUUAUGGAGGGACAUUAGAAUCUACUACUCCAUACAAAGAUUGCCCAUGACCUAAGGGUGUGUCAUCACCUUGACCCAAGGUCAUUUGGGGAAGUUCAAGGUCACUGGAAGAAAAAGUUCAUAAUUCGUGUCCGGUCCAUAUCUUUCUUAUGGAUAAACUUGGUAGGUUCUCAUUUCACACAAAGAUUACCCAUGACCCAAGGGUGUGUCAUGACCUUGACCCAAGGUCAUUUGGGGAAGUUCAAGGUCACUGGAAGAAAAAGUUCAUAAUUCGUGUCCGGUCCAUAUCUUUUUUAUGGAUAAACUUGGUAGGUUCUCAUUUCACUCAAAGAUUGCCCAUGACCCAAGGGUGUGUCAUGACCUUGACCCAAGGUCAUUUGGGGAAGUUCAAGGUCAAAGGAAGAAAAAGUUCAUAAUUCUGUCCGGUCCAUAUCUUUUUUAUGGAUAAGCUUGGUAGGUUCUCAUUUCACACAAAGAUUGCCCAUGACCCAAGGGUGUGUCAUGAACUUGACCCAAGGUCAUUUUGGGAAUUUCAAGGUCACUGGAAGAAAAAUUUCAUAAUUCGUGUCCAGUCCACAUCUUUCUUAUGUAUAAUCUUGGUAGGUUCUCAUUUCACGCAAAGAUUGCCCAUGACCCAAGAGUGUGUCAUGACCUUGACCCAAGGUCAUUUGGGGAAGUUCAAGGUCACUGGAAGAAAAAGUUCACAAUUCUUUCAGGUCCAUAUCUUUUUAUGGAUAAACUUGGUAGGUUCUCAUUUCACACAAAGAUUGCCCAUGACCCAAGGGUAUGUCAUGACCUUGACCCAAGGUCAUUUGGGGAAUUUCAAGGUCACUGGAAGAAAAAUUUCAUAAUUCAUGUGUGAUACAUAUCUUUAUUAUGGAAAAACUUGCUUCUGAAAAAACCCAGCGGGGGGUAUUUUGUCCCGUUUGGACAGUUCUAGUUUAUUUCAAAAAUUGUCCAAGUAAGUCAUCUGAAUUUUAUCAGAAAUGAGUUUCUGUACUACUACUGAUGUCUCGAAAUCCUAAUUAUUCAACAGACUGAAGGUCUUAAACAUUUAUUUCAAUUUCACAUGCUCUGUAAUGUUUUCAUGAAAUUUGAUAGAUUCAGUGAAUACCUUGUAGUUUUCCUUUUAAAAAAUAUUGAUGAAAUAUAAAGUUUAAAUUAUAACGAAAUUUCCUUUAAAAACAAUACACUCUUUGAAAAUUCUUUAAGCUCAAAAUUAGCAGUUGAACAUUCUAAACUACAUUGUAUUUAUUAGAUGGGGAUUUUUUUCAGGUAUUACAUUUGAUUUAUUUAUAAAUUAAAUGCCAUGAAAUUCGGUGUACAUGUUUCUGUCAUAAGUCAGACUACACAUGUAUUUACAGCAAAAUUAAUUAUCAUAUUUACAACAACGUGUAUGUUCAGGACCUCCAAAUUUUCAUAUCCAUAAUAGAGGUUUUCACUGCUUUAUUCAAACAUUUUUUAAUGAUUUACAUCAUGUUUUGAAGUAUUUUAAGAGCCCCAUUCCAUACACAUUAUAUUUUUACAAUGUUGCUACAUUCCAUUACUUUUGGUUAUAUUAGUGCAAUUGGACCAAGUUUGGCAGCCAUUUUUUUUUUUUCAUGCAGAUGUGAUUUUGACGGUUUGGAUCUGAGUUUUCCUGAUUGACCUUCUAUCUCUCUCCCCCCUCCCCCUUUCCCUGUUUACACAUAGUAUCAAUAUGUGUGAAGUUUUCUGAAAGAGGUUUUUGUGCAUUGUCAUUUUAGAGUCACAUCUAUGUAAAAAGUAAAUUAUUGCAAGAACUCAAUUACAUAUUAUACAGUUGUAGUCGAUUUAUAAACACUUUGAAUUCCAGUAAAAUUUGAUUUUUUGGUCAUUCGAUCUACCUGUCAGGGUCCAUUUACUGUUAUCUGUUUUUAACUCUGUCAGACAGAAAGUUUAGUAGAUAUUUUUAACACAGGAUAGAAAUAGUCUUGUUAGUAGUAGUGCUGUCUUAUUCUAUUUACAAAUGAAGUAAUUCCAUACACACCUGUUUCUGAAAUAAAACAUUACUACGAAAGUGUAAUAAUCAUGUUAUGAGGGUAGAUUUUUUUU